UAUCCGAUCACGUGACCUAAAGGUCGUUCCUUUUUCCCGUAGUCCGCCAUAGUACACAACAUAUGUAAUAUAGAGGUUGUGUGAAAGCGAAAAAAAUCCAAAAUGGUGAACUUCACGGUAGACCAGAUCCGUGAGAUCAUGGAUCACAAAAUGAACAUAAGAAAUAUGUCCGUGAUAGCUCACGUAGAUCAUGGUAAAUCAACCCUGACUGAUUCUUUAGUCAGUAAAGCUGGUAUUAUAGCUUCUGCAAAAGCUGGUGAAACGCGGUUCACUGAUACCAGGAAGGAUGAACAGGAGAGAUGCAUCACCAUCAAGUCAACCGCCAUCUCUCUCUACUAUGAGCUCCCCGAGAAAGAUAAGGAUAUCAUGUUUCAAAAAUACAAUGAGGAGAAGGGUUUCUUGAUCAACUUAAUCGACUCCCCAGGUCACGUUGAUUUCUCUUCUGAAGUGACUGCUGCACUCCGUGUGACAGAUGGUGCUCUAGUUGUGGUUGACUGCGUUUCAGGUGUCUGUGUACAGACUGAGACUGUUCUGCGCCAGGCUAUUGCUGAGCGUAUCAAGCCUGUCCUUUUUAUGAACAAGAUGGACUUGGGUCUCCUGACUCUUCGGUUGGAUAGAGAAGCCAUGUACACCGAAUUUCAACGUACCAUUGAAAGUGUCAAUGUGAUCAUUUCCACGUAUGCUUCUGAAGAUGGUCCCAUGGGAGAUUUUACUGUGGAACCAACUAAGGGUACGGUUGGGUUUGGGUCAGGUCUCCACGGCUGGGCUUUCACUCUGAAGAUGUUUGCUGAUAUGUAUGCCACCAAAUUCAAAGUCCCAGCAGCAAAACUGAUGAAGAGGCUUUGGGGAGACCAGUUCUUUAAUCCCAAGACCAAGAAGUGGGCUAAGAAUAAUGAUGAUAAGUCAGGUCAACGUGGGUUUACCCUCUAUGUCUUGACUCCUAUCUACAAUGUCUUCAACAAAUGUGUGGAUGGUCUUAACUUGGAGAAUGAAAAUGUUGAGACUCCUGUUCUGGAGUUGAUAGAGAAGAUGGGUGUCAAAUUGUCUGCCGAGGAAAAAGAAUUGAAAGAUAAGCCUCUUCUCAAAGCUGUCAUGCGCAAGUGGCUGCCAGCAGGUGAUGCCCUGCUGCAGAUGAUCUGUGUACAUUUGCCCUCUCCUGUGACCUCCCAAAAGUACCGCACAGAGUUGUUGUAUGAAGGACCUCCUGAUGACAAGGUUGCACAAGCUAUGAAGGAAUGUGAUCCAAAGGGAGAAUUGAUGAUGUACAUUUCCAAGAUGGUGCCAACCUCUGAUAAGGGUCGUUUCUAUGCCUUUGGUCGUGUUUUCUCUGGUACCAUUGCCACUGGAAUGAAGGCACGCAUCAUGGGCCCCAACUUCAAACCUGGCAAGAAGGAAGAUUUGUAUGUCAAGAACAUUCAGAGGACCAUAUUGAUGAUGGGUCGUUACACUGAGCCAAUUGAGGAUGUUCCCUGUGGUAACAUUUGCGGUUUGGUUGGUGUGGAUCAAUUCUUGGUGAAGACUGGCACCAUUACUACUUUUGAUCAGGCACACAACAUGAAGAUGAUGAAGUUUUCUGUCAGCCCUGUUGUGAGAGUAGCUGUAGAAGCCAAGAACCCUGCUGAAUUGCCUAAGCUUGUAGAAGGUCUGAAGCGCUUGGCCAAGUCAGAUCCUAUGGUGUUGUGUUGUAUUGAAGAAUCUGGUGAACACAUUAUUGCUGGUGCAGGAGAAUUACAUUUGGAGAUCUGCCUUAAAGAUCUGGAAGAGGAGCAUGCUAGCAUCCCACUGAAGGUGACCCCACCUGUUGUGUCUUACCGCGAGACUGUGGCAGAGAUGUCCAAAAUGACAUGUCUCUCCAAAUCCCCCAACAAGCACAACCGUCUCUACAUGACUGCCCAGCCCAUGCCAGAUGGACUACCUAAAGAUAUAGAUGAUGGCAAGGUAACACCAAGACAGGACCCCAAGGAGCGUGGCAGGUAUCUGGCUGAUACAUAUGACUGGGACGUGAAUGAAGCUCGUAAGAUCUGGAGCUUUGGGCCUGAGGGUACUGGCCCCAACAUGGUUAUAGAUGUCACCAAGGGAGUGCAGUACCUGAAUGAGAUCAAGGAAAGUGUGGUUGCUGGAUUCCAGUGGGCAACAAAAGAGGGUGUGCUCUGUGAAGAAAACAUGCGUGGGGUUCGCUUUAACAUCUGUGAUGUGACUCUCCAUGCUGAUGCUAUCCACAGAGGUGGUGGUCAGAUUAUCCCAACUACAAGAAGAGUACUGUAUGCCAGUGUACUGACGGCUAGACCCAAACUCAUGGAGCCAGUCUACUUAGUAGAAAUCCAGGCACCUGAAUCAGUUGUAGGCAAUAUCUAUGGUGUGUUAAAUAAACGAAGAGGUACAGUGAAUGAAGCCACAACUGAUCGAGGAGUGCAGUACACGGUCAAGGCUUUCUUGCCUGUAAAUGAAUCUUUUGGUUUUGUGUCACACAUCCGCCAAGAAACGGGGGGACAGGCCUUCCCACAGUGUGUAUUUGAUCACUGGGACCUGCUGCCAGGCGAUGUAACUGAAGAGGGCAGCAAGACUGCCAUAGUCAUCUCUGAGACGAGGGCUCGCAAGAAGAUGAAGGAGGGUCUUCCCAAGUUGGACGAUUACCUUGACAAGCUGUAAACACAACUGGCUGAUGACUAGAGCAUUUCACCAUCAAUCAAAAUGAGACCAUUUAUGUGUAUAUGUAGUCUUUUCAACAGGGUUCAUGUCCCAAGGAGCGGAUUUUUUGACAAGUGUAAUGUAACAAAUGUGAUUGAGAAGAUUUUAUAUACAUGUACUUGUGACAUCAGUUUGGGCAUAUUUAUUACAAUGAAUAUAGACAAUAUGAGUUCUGUUAUGUUAAAAAAAACUGGCUGAAACUGGAUAGAGUUCACCAGGUGCAAAGUGGCAAAGAGAGAAAAAAAAAGUAAAAUAUAAAACUUACUUAAAAUCAUGAUUUGAAAGCCCAUUAAUACAAGUUAUUUGCUUAUAACUUCAGAAUUCUACGGAGAGCCCAUGGAAUUCGCUGCUAAAAAUGUUUAUGGGCCCAAAAGUUGUGUAAAAGUGUCAAAUAUAUGAAAUGCCAAGUUAUAAGAAAAAAAUAAAGGAAGAAAAAAAAUGGAA